AUGGCCCACCGUGCCGUCGCGGAGCCGGAUUCCUUUGGCAUUUGGGGCAACCUUGAGCAGUUGUUGGGAGGAACCCGGAAUCAGUAUUCCAGAUCCGACCUGGAGGCUGAAGAUCGAGCUAGUCCAGGCGGUCGUGAAGAUCGACCAUGGGGCGUGACCACCUGGAGUUCACCCAAGCAGUCGCCCAUGGGUUCCGAUUCCCCAGUCACCCUGGUGGAGGCUGGCAGUGUCGGCAGUGGAUCUCCACCGAUCCAACACCGCGAUCGCGCUCGCGUCGCGGCGCCGUCGCCGCUGUCGAAGGACGGGAAGGAGGGGAAGGAGCGGAGCAUCGACCCGGAGGCGGCGCUGUUGCACCAAAUCCUGGAGCAACUCUACACGGCUUUGAAGAACUGGGAGGCUUCCGUGAAGUCUUCCACCACCUUGGCAGGCACCUUCCAGCCGGACCGGGACUACCGACAGGAGGAACAGGCUGUGAAUGUGGCCUCCGUGGCAUUCGAAGAAUUCCAUGCCAAGUUGGGACAGAAGAGUUUUUUACAAAGGUUAGGUGGCGGCUUUAGUGAGGAAGAGAACCGAGCCUUGACGCGCGGCAAUCAACUCUUGAAAGCCUUGGAUGGGGUCAGCCCUUGGUCAGAUGCUAACAAGAUUGAAGAGUUGCUCCAACUACGAGCGGAGUAUUUUGUGGAUUCCAAGUGGGAUCCGGAAAGGCUGCGUUUUUCCUGUGCGGAGCUUUUCCUUCAGUUGGUGUCUGACAAGCGGAAGUGGCCUGAAGCAGAGGUCUUGGCCUUAAGAUGGCCAGCAAACUUGGACCGAAUGCUUGGAAACAACGGCCGCCAGGCUUGGAUCGAACGAGCACAGCAGUUGCCCCGCACAGCCCCCAAGAAACAAAGCGAUGGCAUGUGCUGUGGGCUUCCAAAUCUCUUAGAAGGCACAGCUGAGAACGGGCCAAAGGCAGAGAAGAAGGCAUUUACAGGAUGCCUGACCAUUACAAAGAUCAAAGCCCGAAACUUGCGCAGUGCAGACCUCUUGGACGACUCUGAUCCUUUCGUGAAGUUUGAACUGGGAAGCCUUACGAGGCCAGUACUUACCAGCGUGGUGUGGAACAACGAAAAGAAUCCGGAAUGGAAAGACCCGCGCACCGGCCAGUGGGAGACCCUUCGUUUGCCAGUGACGCGAGCUUCCCCGGAUCGAUUUCCGCUCUUGCAGAUCUCGGUGUCCGACAAAGACAACUUCUCCUCCAAUGACCCAUUGGGCGGCACUAGCCUUCCAGUGCUGCAGCUGAUUGAGAAGCAAGCCGGGAAAGGUAUUAUCGGGCUUUCGAAGGAAGUGACCUUCAAUACCGGGCCGCUGCAGCUGACAGGAGAAGGAGCUGGUGACCGAGAUCCCUACAUUGAAAUGGAGAUCACUUGGACGCCUGAAGGCGUUGGAGCCUUGGCUGCUCCAAGGGACCCCUUGGUGCUGAAGCCACAAGAGGACACCGCUCUGAAGCUACUGGCAGAGAUGGAAGAUGCUUUGCCCAGCUUCCUUCGAGACUUUGGCCCUGCUUCGCCUGACUCCUUGGGUUUCUUCUUGCAAGCCAAGGACCACCGUCUGGAUUUGACCAGGGCUGCUCCUCAAAGUGGUAAUCCCAACAGUGAGAAGGUGCGACAAUACAAUCAAGUCCUGAACCGCAUUAACGAGCAGGUCUACCGCUUCCGCCGGUCGUCGCAUGAAGUGAAAUGGUCUGAUGUGGAUCAACUGCUUCAGAAGGCUCGAGACUUUGAACGAAGCGUAGGCCAGAAAGAUGAGUUGCGGCGGAUCUAUGCAUUUCAAGACGAAUACCUGCCAGACAUUGGGGAGUGGAGCACGGAUCGGCGCCGCCAACUUCGAAACCAGGUUUUCUUAGUGAGGAUCGAGCAUGGCCAUGUGAGCCAUAGUGGAAGCGCCGGGGCUUUCGACACCUUUCCUAAGGACAUCCACCUUUAUAUCGCCCUGCUGUUCCUGCUCGCGGCACUUGCUUUCAUUGUCUUGAAUUUCUGGGCUUUGUCCCGUUUUCAUGAUGAAGAUGGCCGGGGAUGGAUCCUUGAGUUGUCAAGCCUGAUCGGCUUCUUAUGUGUGGUUGCUGCCUUUGUUGUAUCGUUUCCAACAUGGAAACGCUACUUUGAAAAACCAAAAUCUGGAGUGAACCACUACCAGACUGUACCGCCUGCAUGA